GAGUGACGACAUCAUCUUCCAGACCCUAUACCUAAACUUAGUGUUUCUUUCCCCACUUAUUCCACCUAAGGAAUAAGGGAGUAUGUACUUUUGUGUUGGAGGAACGAUGUGUCCCUCUGUAUACAUACGUAUCAGAGAUUGGUACUUUUCUGUGUCCAAGUCUAAUGUUUUAUAUGGGUAUCUAAUGAGUCUCUGGGUGUGGUAGUGUGAGGAGUUAGAAAGCUCAGAAAUGGAAAAUACUUAACGAUCAGAGUAGCAGAUGAAUACCGCUUGCCCAUUUAUUUGCAUUUUCCCUUUCACUCUGACUCAUCUUCCCCUCUCCCCACACUAUUAUUGCCCUUCCACCAGCCCCACCCAUUGGCACACCCUGUCUGAUCCAGGAAGGGUUAAUAUCUGCCUGCACCCAAGCUAGAAUGAAAGGUAGAGGGACGGCAUCUUAGGGCCGGAGAGAGAGUAGAAGGCUGAUCUGAACAUUUGGAGUCCUGGUGCCAAAAGGUGAAAUAAGAGUUUAGGGAUAUAAUAUUUGAGUCUAGGAGAGGUCUGGAAUCUAAAGCAGAAGCCUAGGGAGAACCAAACUGUGUCUUGUCAUCAGAGCAGCCCACCAGUGCUUGACUUGUUCAUCUUCCAGUUAUCAGGCAUAUGUGAUAUGCCAGGCACAUAUCAUAAAGCGACUUAUCAACACUUCUUCUAUGAAUGAAACAUCUAUCACAGGAUGAGGAAUGAUGAAAUAAUAAGAAACAGAAAAAGAAAUGUGAGUCUCUCAGACCUCAUCUUUUCCCCAGGUUAAGGAGUGCUACAGUGUGAAAAGAGGGGAAAUCUCUGAGGACCUUCACCCCCUAGGCAGGAAGUGAAAGAAACCCCAGAGUCCUGAUUUCAGAGAAAUGUCAUUUGUCAUCAACCCAAGAAAAGGAGUUUUUUCUCUUCGAAGACCACCGCAGGCCCUUCCUGGGGUUGCCCCCUUCACAGCCUGAUAGGAGGAUCUGAGUCACUCACACAGCCAGUUCCCAGUGGUGGCUCAGAUGGCAGGGGUCAUUCCCACAAAGCAGUCAGGGCUUUGCUAGUACCAAGGCAGGGAGAGGGAGCCGGAGACAUGCCUUGGGUCCUCCUUCACACUCUCCUUGGAAUCCAGAUGUUUCAGUCCUUUUUACUUCUGAGGAAGUAGAAACAGCUUCCAGCUGCUAGAGCUCUCUUGACACCUCUGAGAAACAGAACUAAUACUAUCUGAGCGAUGCGAGGUACCGAGAAACCACUUUCACAUUCAUCAUGUCAUCUUCCCGCCACCUCCAACUGUGGUAAGCAGAGGUGAUCCUUAUUUCAUGGGUGAGGUAACUGAGGCUCAGAGAGGUGACUUGCCCAAGGUGACUCAACCAGUAAAUGGCAAAGAUGAGAGUCAAAUGCUGGUUUGAUUAUCCCCAAGUUCUUAUUGCUUCAGAGACCCUUCUAUGACUCUAGGAGUUCACAAAUGAAUAAGAAGACAGGAGGUUAGGAGACAAUGCCUGGGUUCUGGGAGUAGAGCCAUGGUCUCUCCUGGAAGGGUGAAGUGGAGCCAGGGGUUUAAAACCACACCCCUUGGGGGAUUGUGGCAGACUGAUACUUGGGACACCCAAUGGAAGGCUGUGAGGUCAGAGGCGGGGCUAGCUCGGGGGUGGGGGGGGUGGGGGGUGAGGGUGGGGAACAGGAGCCCCAACAUCAGUUCAGAGCAUGCGGUGUCCAGGAGGAAGCUACAACCGGCUUGAGAAUAUGCUGUUCCUCCCUCCCCUUUCUACCAUGGACCCCACACUGUGGCCCUUCUCUCAGAACCUCUGAGAUUGGUACCCAGGCAAGGCAAAAUGCCCCUGUCCCCGACAAGACUGCCUAGUCCCUAUGGCUCUGAUCGGCUGGUACGGCUAGCAGCCAGGCUCCGGCCAGCACUAUGUGAUACCCUGAUCACAGUGGGGAGCCAGGAGUUCCCUGCCCACAGCCUGGUGCUGGCAGGUGUGAGCCAGCAGCUGGGCCGCAGGGGCUGCUGGGCUGUGGGAAAAGGCAUCAGCCCUUCUACCUUUGCCCAACUUCUGCACUUUGUUUAUGGGGAGAGUCUAGAGCUGCAACCUGGGGAACUGGGCCCCCUUGAGGAGGCAGCCAGAGUGUUGGGGGUACAGUCCCUGGAAGAGGCGUGCAGGAGGGCUCAAAGGGACCCUGCCAAAGACGAGCUGGGUCCAAGGCUGAAGGAACAACAGAAGGAACCAGAGCAACCCAUAGGGGAUUCUCUGAGAGGAGUGGAGGGCUUUGGAGAGAACCAGAGAGCAGAGAUGUUCUUUAGAGCUGGUGAGCAAGAACAGGAGACAUUGCACAGGCACAGGCGACCAAGAGAGAGCCCUGAGAUGGCAGAGACAACUUGGGAGGGUCAAAGGGAACAGAUGAGACUAAAGGAGAAACUUAACCAAGCCCCCACUGGCCAUGGGAAGCAAGAAAUGAUCAUGCGGGUGAGGGAUGGUCCAGGGGGCUCUGAGGAAAAUCUGCGGGAGCUCCCUGGCCCCCUUCCCCCAUCAGGUCCCCUCCAAACCGGCAUCACCCCUAGGCCCUGGUGGGCUGAGGCCCCCUGGUUGGGGGAGGGCCUGCCUGCCCUGUGGAGCAUCCUGCUAUUGCCGCCCAGAUAUGGCACUCCCUUCUCCCAUAGCACCCCCAUCACUGGAGCCUGGCAAGAGGUCUGGCCUCAGGACCAGAGGUUCCCUCCCCCAGGGCCCCACAGCACUCAGCCCCGGGGAGAUGGAGGAGGCUGAUCAGAGGCACACAGGUGAACUUGCAACCUGUGUGGGUCAUGUGGCCACAGCAGGCCACGCAUCUCCCCGACACCCUCCCCCACGCCCUCCCGCUCGGUCUCGGCCCUAUUCUUGUUCUGUCUGUGGGAAGAGGUUUUCACUCAAACAUCAGAUGGAGACGCACUACCGUGUCCACACAGGAGAGAAGCCCUUCUCCUGUAGCCUCUGUCCCCAGCGCUCCCGGGACUUCUCAGCCAUGACCAAGCACCUGCGGACGCACGGGGCCGCACCCUACCGCUGCCCUCUGUGCAAAGCCGGCUGCCCCAGCCUGGCCUCCAUGCAGGCGCACAUGCGCGGCCACUCGCCCAGCCAGCUCCCACCAGGAUGGACCAUUCGCUCCACCUUCCUCUACUCCUCCUCCUCCUCCUCCAGACCCUCUUCCUCCACCUGACGGAUUGUCAGCAGCUUCUUUGGCUUCAGUUAAAUGUACAAUUAAAGAAUGUAAGACAGGACGGGUGGGCCAGCUGGGCGUCUGACCCCGCACCGCGGCUACGGCUGAGCCUACCAAACUCAGCUAGCUCCAAGAAGCGCCGCAAGAGGGGCGCCGAGAGCUCUCUCUCGGUUGACUGCGGAUCGCAGAAGCCCGGGCUGGCGAACCUGUGUUGAGUGACGGCAGUGAAGUUUGCAUGAGUGAAAGUUAACUGUGCGGGGACUGGCGGUUUCAUCACCAAAAUAAAGAGUUUCUUGUGCCCCCCCCAGGACCAUAAA